AUAUUAGUUCCAGUUAGUAAAGAAGAAAUCAAAUCUAUUAUUAAACAAAAGGUUAAGGAAAGAUGGCAGAGACAGUGGGAGGAAGAUAGAACUGGUAGAUGGCUGUACAGUAUUCAAAGAAAAGUUGGUGCAAUGAGGAGAACAGGACGAAAUAGAAAGGAGGAAACAGUUAUAUCUAGGUUGCGUUUUGGACAUACAAGGUUAAACAGUAAUUUAUUUAAAAUAGGAAAACAUCGAAAUGGAAGUUGUGAUUUUUGUGGUCAAGAAGAGACGGGGGGUGUUUAAAGUUAGCGUCCCGAUCCACACUCCAUUCCAGUAGAUGGCGGUAAUGCACAUCUAAAAGUUGCUUGCCAACCGCCAUAAAAAAGAAGAAGAAGAAGAAGAAGAAGAAGAAGAAGAAGAAGAAGCAGAAAAAGAAGGAGCGUUUACGCGGAAUAGACGAUCUUCGACCGCGGUGCUGCUCUCGCUCCGCGGCUGUUUUUGUUUAGUAAACUCCAACUAGCUUCCUGCUGUCAGAGAAAGUGACGGAAACGCGCGGAGCGGAGCAGCGCUGAAGAUGACGUCAGUAAGGCAGGAGAUGAGGAGCGGGCUGAAGCUGUGCCGUUAAGUGCCUCUCUGCUUCCAUGGAGUCCCCCAGCAACCAGCGGCAGCCAGCAGGUCUCUCCCAGUCUGCAGUCCCCCGGUCCUGACAGCCUUCCAGGAGCCUUGGUGCUUCUGUCGUCAGCUUCAACCUCACCAUCGUCACCGUCCCAUGUGAUGGCACAUCUGUCCUGAUUCAGACUGCGUGGGCCCCAGAGGGUUCGGAUCAUCAGCUCACACUGUCCUGAUUCCACGGGGGAGGGGGGGAGAUCUGCACUUUGGCAUUUUUGGGGGCAGCCAUGAGCGCUGUUGGUCAGGGGUCAUCAAGAACUUCUUCAUCAAGUUGGAGCUGACGUUUCUAAUUCCUUCCUGCUGAAGAAGCACUCUGAGCAGGGAGUCUUCACCGUCUUUCUCUAUCCUCUGCAGCAACGCCGCACCAUGCCCACCAACCAGUCAUCGCCCUGGGGGGGAGGGAAUGUCAGGGGAUGUUCCAGUGCACGUGAUUCUCCCACGGCUGCCUUUAAGGUGUCUUUCCAGAACCCUCCCACGGAGCUCCCCAAGGCCAACAAGCGAGACCCACCUCUGGCGUCUGCUGUCGUUUCCUCCGUGUCUUCAUCUGCUUUUCCUGUGUGGGAGAAAGAGGGUGGACACAGUUCAACGUCCUGGAGUCACCAUGUUGCCACAGAGCGGUUGGUAAGCCAGCUAGAAAAGCAGAACGCAACCCAGAGACCAACUCAGGACCUGGCACCAGCCAAAGCCAAGCAAAGUGCCCGCAGCGGUGCGUUUAAGGAAGCCCCACUGAGAGGGGUCACCCAAGCCCACAGUCCUCAGCCUGGAAGCGGGUCAGCAUUGCAGAGCGCUCCCCGUUCAACAGGUGACGCGCCCCCAGACUCUCCAUCAGGCUGUGAGCUGUUCGUCAGAGGACACGCCGCAGGGCGGCGCAGCGCCCAGCUGAUGCCUGAGGCUUCAGACUGUUUCUGUUCCCCACCAGUGCCUCAGCCCUGCCUUAAGCUUUCCAAACAUCAGGGAACAAAGUUGUGGAGUUCCAGCCACACUGGGACAAAACUAGAAACGCGGAGCACAAAGAGGCAGACGAACGCGCCACGGAGGAGCCAUUCGGCCAAAACGGCAUCAAAAUGCGGCCAGUGGCAAAGCGGCCGAGCAUCACGGCCGUCUUUAACCAAUCAGCUGCUGGUUAAAGGUGGUCCUCCAGCUGUUCUAGCAGCAGCCUCAAACAGCAAGCCCCAGAGUUGGUCAUGGAGCCGGCGGGCCAGCCGCAGUGGACCUGCUUCCUCAUGCAGCGUCCACAUGGUGGCUGAGCACGGUGACGGCCAGCAGCUGCAGCGCACACAGCUCCACGCUAAAGAAGGAGCCUUGGUGGGCUCAGUGACCAACCAGAUUUCAGCCAUCCACCUCACACCGGCCCAGUCCCUCACCUCAUCUCCAUCCGUGACAGAGGAGCAGCUGACUAGGUCAGAGUGUGUGAUGCAGGUGGAUGGGGUUGAGGAGGAGCUUCCUGAUGAGCUGGAAGGUGACUGCAGUGGUGACGAUGACUCUGAAUGUUAUUCCAUUAUCGCAUCUUCUUCUGCUGCUUCGCUCCCUAACCUCUCUAGCAUCGAGGAGCCCAUGAUAUUGGGGGUAGAGGGCGAUCGAGAAGAGCGACCCGCCCUUGUCCCCAGCUUGUUUCCACUCAUCCCCCCCACUCUCUACUUCAGCACAGCCAAUGAGAAAGUGGAGCUGCUGCCUGCUGAACAAAGACGGCUACUCAAAUGGAAGAUGAGCUCCGUUACUCCCAACAUUGUCAAGCACACCAUCGCCAGGUCUCACUUCAAAGUCACCAAGAAAAGCUCUGACUGGCUAGGCUGCUGGGGGCACCACAUGAAGUCUCCUGGCUUUCGGGCGAUUGGAGAGCACCAGAAGUUGAACCAUUUUCCAGGAACCUUUCAAAUCGGCAGGAAGGACCGGCUUUGGAGGAAUCUGUCCAAGAUGCAGCUUCGCUUCGGCAAGCAGGAGUUCAACUUUUUUCCACGGACAUUCAUCCUUCCUCAGGAUAUCAAGCCGCUCCGCAAGGCCUGGGAAGACGGCAGCUCCAGGCAGAAGUGGAUUGUCAAACCUCCUGCAUCAGCCAGAGGAAUAGGGAUCCAGGUCAUCCACAAAUGGAGUCAGCUGCCCCGUAAGAGGCCACUGCUGGUGCAGAAAUACCUUCACAAGCCCUACCUCAUCGGGGGAAACAAGUUCGACCUGCGGAUCUACGUCUACGUGACAUCCUAUGACCCGCUCCGAAUUUACGUGUUUUCUGAUGGACUGGUGCGAUUUGCCAGCUGCAAGUAUUCGUCUUCCAUGAAGACUCUGAACAACAAGUUCAUGCACCUGACCAACUACAGCGUAAACAAGAAAAACUCAGAGUACCAGACAAACAGUGACGACAAAGCCUGCCAAGGACACAAAUGGGCUCUGAAGGCUUUGUGGAACUACCUUGGCUCUAAAGGAAUCAACACCACCCUUAUAUGGGAGAAGAUUAAAGACAUUGUGAUCAAAACUAUUAUAGCCUCUGAGCCUUACGUGAACAACCUGCUGCAGAUGCACGUCAAAACGCCUCACAGCUGCCACGAGCUGUUUGGCUUUGACAUCAUGCUGGACGAGAACCUGAAGCCCUGGAUCCUGGAGGUCAACAUAUCACCCAGCCUCCACUCCAACUCAGCGCUGGACGUUUCCAUUAAAGGGCAGAUGAUCAGAGACCUCCUGAACCUGGCCGGCUUCAGGAUUCCUCCAAAAGAAGAAGUGGUCUCCUCCUGCAGCAGCGCCUCAAGCUCCACCAGCAGUUUGUAUGGAGGGAACAAGCAGCGGAGCAAAGCAGAACUUUCUGCCGACGAGAAAGUAAAACGAGCCUUCUACGUCACACAGCGCUAUGCUGACCAGGACUUCCUGUCAUCGCUGUUGGAAAUUUUGACUCCAGAGGACAUCCGCGUGCUGGCAGAGAGCGAGGACGAACUGAGUCGCCGAGGAGAAUUUGAGCGUGUUUUCCCAUCGCCGUCAUCUUCGCGCUACCUUCGCUUCUUUGAGUGUCCCAGAUACCUCAACAUGCUGCUGGACCAGUGGGAACAGAAGUACUGCAAUGACCGCAGCAAAUGCAUCAGUGUCCUGAGAGUCUACUGUCAGAGGGGCAUCCAUGUGGGAACCAGGGACCCUGCUCACAUGUGGUCCAAGUGUAGCUACAUGCCAAGGACUGAUGUCCAGAGACUCGGUGUAUUGAGUCCAUCUGGAUCCAGGUAAACUCGUGCCACGUUGUAAAUGUCCUUCCCUUUCUGUUCCGG